AUGAUUUCUCUUAUAAACGCCAGUGACCAGCCAUGUAUAGAUCUAGGAGGUAAUUGUCAGGAUGACAGCAGCACAUGUAGUGGUUCAUACUACUCAGGGAAAUGUACUGGUAGUCAUUCCAGACGUUGUUGUACAAGGACAGUAGUGGAACAUGUUACUGGUGACUGCUCUAAUAUCAGGAUAAUAUCACGUGACAUCUGGGGAGCUCGAAGUCCAAAGGGAACAUCGAAUAUCCAUUUGCCAGUUCCUAACUUCUUUAUACAUCAUACUGCUGGAAAACAUUGUACAACAUUUUCUGCAUGUAUCUCACGAAUGAAAAGUAUACAAAAUAGCCACAUGGAUGAAAAUGGAUGGGCGGACAUUGGUUACAGCUUCUUAGUUGGUGAAGAUGGAAACGUUUACGAGGGCAGAGGAUGGGAUCGAGUAGGAUCUCAUACUAAAGGUUAUAACCGCAUUGGGCUGGCCGCUUCAUUUAUGGGAAAUUUUAUGAUGGAUGCCCCAAAUUCUACUGCUUUAGAUGCUGUCAAAGAGUUAAUUCAAUGUGGAAUCAGAAAAGGAAAAGUUUCACACACUUAUGCAUUGUUUGGACAUAGUGAUGUUAAAAAUACUGAAUGCCCAGGCACAGCUUUGUACAAUGUCAUUAAGACAUGGCCUCGUUUUCAUGCACAUUCCCCCAAAUGA